ACUUCUCUAUAAAAUAAACAUUUAAAAACUGUAGCCAGGGGAAUCAGAAACAUGGAAAUAGUUUACGUCUACACGAAAAAACGCUCCGAGUUCGGUCGGCAAUGCAAUUUCGCCGACCGCCCGGCAGAGCUUCACGUCGACGUGGUGCCAGACCCUACAUUAACGACCGAGUUCAUUGAAAGAGACCCGUGCGACACGGCCGUGCAAUGUGCGCAGGAAAUGUCAGAGCAUGAGGUGAACACAGAACGAUUUGAGACGGAGAGUCGUGGGAUUAACCACAUGGAAGGAGGAUGGCCAAAAGACAUCAAUCCUUCAGAGGUGGAGCAGACCAUCAGGUUCCGAAAGAAAGUAGAGAAAGAGGAGCAUUACGUCAACACCCUACAGCAGCUUGGGAGUGUUAUGGAGCACUGUAUAAAGCAAAACAACGCAAUUGACAUUUAUGAGGAGUACUUUGUUAACACUGAGAUUGAAUCAACCGAAGAACCACCAUCAGCAAAAACCAUCAAUGUGUUCCGAGAUCCCAAUGAAAUAAAGAGGACAGCUACAUCACUAUCUUGGUAUCCGGAUGGUGGGAAGAAGUUAGCUGUCGCUUACUCCAACCUGGAAUUCCAAAGGUCUUCACCUGAUACAUCAUUUGACUCUUACAUCUGGGACAUUGAAAAUCCAAACAAGCCUGAGCUUACAUUGAAGCCUGUAUCCCCUCUUGUAUCACUCGAAUAUAACCCAAAAGAUUCCCAUGUUUUAGUUGGUGGAUGCUACAAUGGACAGAUCGCAUUCUGGGACACAAGGAAAGGAAGUCACCCUGUUGAAAUGUCACCUAUUGAACAAAGUCAUCGUGACCCAGUAUACAAAACCAUUUGGCUGCAAUCAAAGACAGGAACUGAAUGUUUCUCAUCUUCUACAGACGGCCAGGUGCUAUGGUGGGACAUCAGGAAGCUAGGAGAACCAACUGAGAAAUUGGUGCUUGAUCCUACUCGGAAGUUAAAUAUAGAAAACGCACUUGGAGGAAUUUCUCUUGAGUAUGAACCUACCAUGCCAACUAAGUUCAUGGUAGGCACUGAGCAAGGAUCUAUUGUUUCUUGCAACAGGAAAGCAAAGACACCAGCGGAAAAGAUUGUUUGCUUAUACCCUGGACACUACGGCCCAGUAUACAGCUUGCAGAGGAAUCCAUUCUUUCCGAAAAACUUUCUCACUGUUGGAGAUUGGACAGCCAGGAUCUGGUCAGAGGAUAUCAGGGAGGCUUGCAUUAUGUGGACAAAGUUCCAUAUGUCUUACCUCACUGAUGGUCAGUGGAGUCCUGUGCGCCCAGCUGUCUUCUUUACCACUAAAAUGGAUGGCACUCUGGAUGUGUGGGAUUACUUAUUCAAGCAAAAUGAUCCAACAUUGAGUAUCCAGGUGUGCGAUGAGGCAGUGCAUAGUCUAAGGAUUCAGGAUAACGGAAGGAUUGUGGCUUGUGGGUCGCACACAGGAACCACAACUCUUCUUGAGCUGUCUUCCGGACUCUGCACGAUGCAGAAGAACGAGAAGAACCUUGUGAGCAGCAUGUUUGAGCGCGAGACAAAACGUGAGAAGAUCUUGGAAGCUCGACACAGGGAGAUGAGGCUCAAGGAGCGCACGCAGUCCCAGCAAGGAUCAAGAGCAGAAGAGGAUGCAGCUGCUCCUGUGGAUGAAGAAGAGAAGGAACUCAUCGAAAGAGCAGAAACAGAGUUCUCCAAAGCCAUUGAGGCAGAGAAGAAGUCUGCUGCUGGAAGACAAGUAGAAGAGAUUGAAGAGGCGAGAGAAAAAGCUUCAGAAGAACCGAAUGAAAAACUGGAGCCACCUGCAGAGGAAGAAUAACUUUAACUUGUUACACAAAUUUCAACUAUAUUAUAUCACAUGUUCCUUGCAUUGUUUAACUUAAUAAAACAUAUAAAAAAUGGAACUCACUGUGCUGCAAGUAUUGUUGAACACCCAGUACUGGUUUAACUGUUGAAAAGAUGACGCUAUUGUUGUUUUACUUUAUAUUGUUUGCGUGCGUUGUACUAAAGUUUUUAUUUUUUCAAAGCGCAUAUACAAAAUCUAAUUUCCUGUAUCGAAA